GAAUCCCCUCACACACACACACACACAUAAAAAAAAGAAACCUUAAACCCUUCUGCUGUAAGAAAACAAAAGCCUGCUUCCUUCUCUCAGAUUUACAAUAUACACACACAUUUUCGAUAUCUCGAAUUUAUAAUGUUGGAAAUGAUAAUUCGUACGGCCCGGGGACAGAUUUAUACCAUGCUUCAACCGAAGUCAAGGUGAACUUCGACGGAGAAUCUCGUCGACCAAAUAAGCAAAACAUUCUCACGAAUUAAACUAUUCCUCCUUUUUCCAUUUCUAUUUUCUCUGCGGCUACAUUGAGAGAAGUUUAAAAGGAUCAAUCGCCAUUGCGGAAUUUCAAAGACUUCUCUCAUUUAUCUGUAACUUAAAGCGAUUCCUUCACCUGAGAUCUUGUUCUCGUGCUGCUGCUGAGAGUUGAAAGUUGUCAUUCUUCUCGCUUCUUAAUUAAACCUGAGAUUCUUCUCAUUUUUCUUAUAUUUAAUUGAGCAAGAUCUGGGUUUCCGUCAGAUUAAGGCGACGAUCGUGGCUACUUAAACGAAAAAAUCUGGGUUUUUCGAGGUGUGAUUAAUGCUCACAGUGUGGAGAUUAUAUAUCUCUGGGUGUUAUUAGGAUAAGUAAUCUCCAGCAGAUAUAUUCCAAAACUAUUACUAUAUUGUUUUCUUCUCGUCCUUCUUCCGUUUUUUAAUAUAUAUUCCCUUUUAAUUGAAAAAGAAAGAGUCUAAGUUGAGUGAUGAUGUGUUCGAUGAAAUUCCUCUGAGAGAAUCUCUGUGAGAAGAAAAAGGGGGUGGUGAGGGUAGGUAAUGACAAAAAUGUGUAAAAUGGAGAAGUUUCUUUACCACAGGAAACUCUGGGAGAUGAAGGUUAGGCUUUUAGGAGAUAGUAAGGUUGAGAAACUCAAAAGCUCAUUUGUUUCGAGGUCUCGUAUGAGCCUAUGGAUGAUUCGUGCUGUUACCAUUUUGUUGCUCUGGAGCUGCUUUGUUCAUUUGAUGGCUUUGGGAGAGAUGUGGGGACCGAGACUGUUCAAAGGUUGGCCUUCUUGUUUCAAUCACAAUGAUCUGUCCAUGGCCGCCGCAGAAAUCAAGUCUCUUCCCACCAAAAUCGCCCUUCCCCCUAAAAGGUUAUACCAGAACAAUGGUUAUCUCAUGGUUUCUUGCAAUGGUGGACUCAAUCAAAUGCGAGCUGCAAUAUGCGAUAUGGUAACUGUUGCAAGAUUCAUGAAUGUCACACUUAUUGUUCCUGAGCUUGACAAGACCUCGUUUUGGAACGAUCCAAGUGAGUUUAAAGACAUUUUCGAUGUGGAUCACUUCAUAACUUCGUUAAGAGAUGAAGUUCGAAUACUCAAAGAGUUACCUCCAAGGCUUAAGAAAAGGGUUGAGCUUGGAAUGUACCACGAAAUGCCUCCUAUUAGUUGGUCAAACAUGUCUUACUACCAAAAUCAGAUUCUUCCAUUGGUGAAGAAGCAUAAGGUUUUACAUCUGAACAAAACCGAUUCAAGACUCGCUAAUAAUGGACUGCCUGCGGAGGUUCAGAAGCUCAGGUGCCGAGUGAAUUUCAACGGGCUUAAGUUUACUCCUCAAAUAGAAGAAUUAGGUAGACGAGUAGUCAAGAUUCUGAGAGAGAAAGGUCCCUUUCUCGUCCUACAUCUCAGAUACGAGAUGGAUAUGUUAGCAUUUUCCGGUUGCUCACAUGGUUGCAACCCCGAGGAAGAAGAAGAACUAACAAGAAUGAGAUAUGCUUAUCCAUGGUGGAAAGAGAAAGUCAUAAACUCUGAGCUGAAGAGGAAAGAAGGCCUUUGCCCUUUAACUCCUGAGGAAACCGCUCUCACGCUGACUGCGUUGGGUAUUGACCGCAAUGUUCAAAUUUACAUAGCUGCUGGAGAAAUCUACGGUGGUCAAAGGCGGAUGAAGGCUUUAACAGACGCUUUCCCAAAUGUGGUCCGGAAAGAAACCCUACUAGAACCCUCUGAUCUGGAUUUUUGUCGGAACCAUUCAUCUCAAAUGGCCGCACUUGAUUACCUAGUGGCUCUAGAGAGCGAUAUCUUUGUUCCAACCAAUGAUGGGAACAUGGCAAGAGUCGUUGAAGGUCAUCGCAGAUUCUUGGGGUUCAAGAAGACAAUUCAGCUGAAUAGGAGGUUCCUAGUUAAGCUGAUAGAUGAAUAUACUGAAGGAUUGUUGACUUGGGAUGUGUUCUCAUCCACGGUGAAGGCGUUUCACUAUACUCGAAUGGGAAGCCCAAAGAGACGGUUAGUGAUUCCCAAUAAACCCAAGGAAGAAGACUACUUCUACUCCAACCCGCAAGAAUGUCUCCAGCUGUUAGAUGAACCAUUGAGAGUCUUUUGAAGAUGUUUACCUCGCUAUUGGCGAGAGAACGGCUGAGAUUUUGGGUUAAAAGCUCUAAUA